CAUCAAAGCUCUCGUUUUGACGAGGUCCUAUCUUGAACGACAUCUGCUCCGUGCCAUGCCACCCAGGAACUAGAAAAAACAUGUUUUGAGUACUUUUUUCGCACACUCGCCUGUCUAGGUGCGUGCUUUGGCCAGUAUUGCAUGGUCUGCAAUGGCUUGCUGUCAGUGUGUCACUGUCCAGGCACGACUAAUAUGUGACCGGCCCGCAAGGGCAUCUAUACUUACCUUAGUCACAGGAGAUGCGGACCAGUGUCCUGGAGCUAUCGGAGCAUUUGUGGAGCAUGCAGCCUAGCGAAAGUGCUAUAAUAUAAGCAGACUCAGAGGCUCGGCUUUGAAGACAUCCCUAAUCAUGACUCCGUGGAUUCACCCCUGACUCCUCCUUUCCACCCCUGCAUCUAAUCUCACGACAACCUUGAUGCAAUAAUGUAUCGAUCACUUACAGACGACAGCCUCUACCGCAUCGAUGCCGAUCUCCUCAUUCCGGGGCAGGGAGAGCCCCUUCUCCACAGUGCCGUGGUCUGGAAGUCCAAGUCUAUUCUCUACGUGGGACGUCAAACCGACGUGCCUCAAGAAUACCAAGACGCAGCGGCGUUGCACGUUCCCGUGGUGAUGCCGGGGCUGUGGGAUUGCCAUAUCCACUACAUGGGCGCUACGUCGGCGACGAUGGACGCGGUCGUCAAAACCACACCCGCUUUAGCCGGGGCCCGAAGCGUCCCCGACCUCCACGCAACUAUCAUGGCAGGGUUCACCUCCGUCCGUGAAGUAGGUGGCUACGGGUGCGAACUCGUGCUUGCCGUGAACGAGGGCCGCAUCCUCGGGCCCACCAUCUACGGCGCUCACAGCGCCAUCAGCAUGACCGCCGGCCACGGCGACGUGCACGGCAUGCCCCUUCAUCAACUCCAGGACAUGUGCGCCCACGGGCUCCCCCUGACCAUUGCCGAUGGGGUGCCAGAGUGUCUGCAAGCCGUGCGCAAGCAGCUCCGUCACGGCGCACGCGUGAUCAAGGUCUGCGCCAGCGGCGGGGUCGUCAGCGCCAUCGACGACCCCCAGCACCAGGAGUUCUCCUUCGAGGAGAUGAAAGCUAUCGUUGACGAGGCUGCGCGCGCCAAACGCGUCGUCGCCGCCCACUGCCACGGCAAGGCUGGGAUCAUGAACGCGCUGCGCGCCCGGUGUCGCACCAUCGAGCACGGCAGCUUCCUCGACGAGGAGGCCGUCGAGCUGAUGCGCGAGAAAGGCGCCAUCCUAGUCGCCACCCGCAGCGUGAUUGAGACGGGCCUAUCGAUGCGCCAGCUCUUCACGCCGGGAUCAUAUCAGAAGCUGCUCGAGGUUGCUGAUGCACACAAGCAGGCGUAUCGGUUGGCGGUUGCGCGCGGGGUCACCAUCGCCCUGGGCACGGAUCAGUUCAUCAGCUCGGAUAAUCCGGCUGUUGCGUAUGGGCGCAACGGCAAGGAGCUGGAAUACGCGGUGGAGGCGGGAAUGACGCCCUUGGCUGCGAUUGAGGCCGCCACGGCGAAUGGGCCGUUGACGCUGGGGGACCAGGCGCCCAAGAGUGGGCGGCUGCUCGCUGGGUAUGAUGCCGAUAUCAUUGCGUUAGCGGCCAAUCCGCUCGAGGAUAUCACGAUAAUAGGGAAUUCGAAGAACGUGACGCAUGUUUGGCGUCAGGGAAAAUUGGUCAAGUCAUAGAAUUCAUCUCGGUAGUAAUAUUGUCAGUCAAAUUUCAUGAGCAGCCCAACAAAGUAGUACAGUAGAACGCUGAAAAAGGAGGGAAGGAGAUGAGCUUGAUUUAUGCUCCUUUAGUGAUUACAAGAUGGUGGUGAUUGAUCACAAUGACGCCAGGUGCAUUCAUGGUUUGGUUCAGCCUCGUCUUGUGUCUUGCCUUCAGCCCGCUUAUCUCGCUAGACGCUGCAUCAUGAU